CAGGGUUAAUAAUGAGAGGGCUGGCCCUGGCGAGGUGCGGCUUUGUCAUCGCUUUCUCCUUUGCUUGGCUCUGGUGUCAGUCUGUCCCGACACCCUGUCUGGUACAUUAAAAGCACUGCUGCCGAACCCGGUCUGGAUCUGUUGCCCUGAGAAGAUUCCAUAGUGUUACUGAGUCGCAACCGCAGGGUCACAAUGAGCGAGUACAAUGAGAAAAAGGAGACCUGUGGCACUAUUUGCCUGAAAUACCUGCUCUUCACCUUUAACUUUUUCUUCUGGUUGGCAGGCCUGGCAGUAAUGGCCGUGGGGAUCUGGACACUCAUUCAGAAAAGCGAUUACAUUAGUCUUCUGCCUUCCAACACCUAUGCAGCCACUGCCUACAUUCUGGUCAUUGCUGGAGCCAUCGUUAUGAUAACGGGCAUCCUGGGAUGUUGUGCCACCUUUAAGGAGAGAAAAAGCCUGCUCAAAGUGUAUUUCAUCUUGUUGCUGUGCAUCUUUAUCCUAGAGGUCCUGGCAGGAAUCCUGGCCUAUAUUUACUACCAGCAGUGCACUCCGUUCUGCUUACAGCUGAAUGCAGAGCUCAAGCAGAGCCUCAAGCAAACUAUGACCACAAAGUACAAACAGCCAGGAGAGGAGAAAGUGACCAAUGCUGUGGACAAACUGCAACAGGAGUUUAAAUGCUGCGGCAGUAAUAAUUCUGAGGACUGGAGGGACAGCAUAUGGAUUAACUCUCCUGAGGCCGAAAAGCGGUUGGUUCCUGACAGCUGCUGCAAGACGGUUACUCAACGAUGUGGCAUUCGGGAUCACCCAUCCAACAUCUACAAGACGGAGGGUGGAUGCAUCACCAAGCUUGAAACCUUUAUUCGGGCUCACCUGCUAAUUAUAGGUGCUGUGGGGAUUGGCAUUGCCUGUGUUCAGCUUUUUGGGAUGAUUUUCACCUGCUGCCUGUACAGGAGCCUAAAGUCAGAGCCAUAUUGAAAACAUUUAAGACUUGUCUUGUUGCCUUGUUUUUCCCUGCUGACAACAUAUCCUGCUGCCUUAAACACCCCCCUGGCACUGAGGCCUGUUAUGGUCCUAUUGUAAUGGCAGAAUGUUAUCUCAUAUCACUGUGUGGACCCUUUGGAACUCUGCGGUUUUUAACCCAUGAUAUCAUCAGCCUGCGACUGUAUCCAGUGCCAAACAUCAAUGUAACCAAGUUCUCAUGCUAGAGACUGCAAAAACAAAACAAAUCCUUUCUUUUGCUUGAUGACUUUUGCUAAUGAUGUUCGCAGCCACAGCUAGAGAUCUGACCUCCGUUAAAUGGGCAGAACAAGACACUGGGAAUAGUUGCACCAAAUGACAAUCUCUGGAAAUUGACUCUCUGUCCGUCCCUAUGACUACUCUUCGGUCCUUCCUUUCAAUCCCGAUGACUUGGUUUUCCUAUGGAGAAGAUUCAAGAGGGCAUUGGGCAUAAUUUGCCAUGGCAAAGUCUGUUAUAACAUGACUUACAAGCAAAACUGGUACCAUUUUGCAAGUGAACGAAAACAUGUACUGGAGGGGGCCACACUAUAUAAAAUAUUAUUAAUAUACAGUAGGUUUGUUUAUAGAGUUAACUGAAGUAGAAGUGUGGAGGAGUUUUCGUGCCUUCCUUAACACAGUUGGCUUAUUAAGAGAAUUCCAAAGUGUUCUCAGAAUCUUCUGUUUAGCACAUUUUCCCUUUAAAAACCCAGGUGGUGCACUAUUUCCAUGGAAUUUCAUAGCUUUAUUUUACUAUACCCCACAGAAGACUCUUUUAUUGGUUUUAUCCCCAUUGGGCCCUUUUUUACCCAGAGGCCCCUGGGUAUGCUAUCCCCAUAGUCACAAGGCUGGUUAUAGGGAUAAAUUGGGUUACAAUCAAGUUUUUAAUGAAUUAUGAACUUAAAGCUCUACUUCUUAUUUAAUUGCCAGCAUACUCCUUUCAAGCUCCAGGCCUUAAAGUGGAAAGAACAUACAGCCCCAGUUAAUGAAUAUAAGCACUUUUGGGGUGAGUCAGAGUCCCUGUUAAACUAGUAUACCACCAUUUGCACCCCCUGGCCACCCUUGACACUUAUGUGCCAAUAUAAAGUACAGCAGACUGGAAAGCAGAUCUAAUGGAAUAGUGACUGUUUUAGAAUGCAGCAUUUAUAAAAUCCCCUGUUAUUUCUUGUCUGUAUAGUCAGAGCCGUUUUUAUUGCUGUAAUGGGGCUCUGGUAUUCAUAUAAAAUAGUCUUUUUCAACCUGGGGCCCUUUAGCUGUAAUUGAAUGCCCAAUGCCCACUUAUAGCCUGUGGCUAUUGGAGGGAUGUAAUGUGCCUAAAUUUAGGCAGCAUGAUGAGAAGUGCUGUUGUUGCCUUACUAAUUCUCCUAUCCCAUAAUCUUUGCUUGGCCCUCCCCUAAUACUUUCUUGUCUCCAUUUUGGACCCCUCACAAACAGACCUGUUUAUAGUACAGCAUGAGAUGUGCCUAUUACUAGGACUUGGAACUUACCACAGAGAACCUUUGUAUCAGGGAUGCAGAACCUAAUUAAUUUCAAGAGGAAGCAAAGAUGCUCUGGAAUUGACAAAAAUGGAGUGUCAUUUUUCAGUGUUCAAGUACAACACAGAAAUGUAAACCCUCAAAACUAGGGUUUGCAAUGUCGCCAAGCGAGUGGAUCUUCUCCCGAUAUUGCCCACCUACGGGUGGGCGAUAUCGGGAGAAUUCAGGCUAAUUCGAUUGUUUGGCCCUGACCUUAGUAAUGAACAGCAGUUGGAGCUGUUGCUGCAAAUUCAUUAAAUGAAAUUAAAAACUAAGGGAAAUAUUUAGCAUAAAUGAGUUAAAAGAGCUCUCUGAGCAGUGUUACAUUCAUUUGUUUUGAGCAUAUUGCAGUCACUUGCCUUUUAACUCCCUCUUUGUGAAUUCCACUCCCAGAUUAUAAACUGGUCCAUAAACCCAGCUCCUGGUGUAUGUGCUAUAAAUGUUCUGUUUGGCAUUUAUUAGUCUGGAUAUUAAAUCAAGGCAUAUGUGUAUCCAUUCGCUGUACAUUACUACUAUCAGCCAUGAGUAUGGGUAACUGGAGUUGCUCCAAAUGUUAUGAAACUACAGCUCCCAGAAUCCCCUGGGCUGCAGAGUGCACUGCCAAUUCUCCAUCAUUCACUUGCCAUAUUUCCUGGUCAUUCAUUCCAAGUAACCAACACCAUUUCAGUGAUUUAAUGUUAUCUAAUAUCAUCGCCCAAUCCCUGUGUUUUUCUGUUUCUUGGCUUGAAAAAAGCUAAAGUAUUUGCUAUGAAUUAUUAAAUAUUAACUUUUGACUACUACAAAUAUAAACUACUGUAUCUGUCAGUAGAUCCUGAACAAGCCAAGUCCAGUUAUUGUAAUUAUUAUUAUUCUGUCAUUUCUUAUAGUGUAUAUUUUUAAUUCUAUAAAAUGUAUUUAAGUGGCAGGUAGAGUCUUUCCGUUGCAAUAGUCUUCCAGCCGCAGUGACAAAACUCUGGGCACUGCUCCAGAAAAGGGAGCAGAUUUAUGCCAAGUGCCUUUGGAUUGAAAGAGGUGCCCACAUGGGCAGUUGCUGGUGACAGUCUGGGUUUUUUUUUCCUUUCUGAAAAUUGUUUCCAUUUGCAUAAAAUCAUUCAGUCUGUUUUGUUUGCUUAUGAAAUGGGAGAGCAGAUUGUACAUUAGGCUUACUGCUACUUUCAUGGAAAUUGAUAUUGCAUUCACACCAAAAAAAGUAAAUCAGAAUUUCAUAGAAAAUUCCCUGUGCUGUGCAGGAUUAAAGCCUUGAUCUAUGUGCAAACUCCUGUUCUAGGGGGAAAUGGGGAGGGUUAGCCCUUGCUGGGAAUUUUAGUCUCAGUGCAUAUGCUAUUGCCUUUGGACUGGGACAUACAGAGGUACCAAUUUUUUCAUUUGAGGGGGGGGUCCUGUCAUUUGAGCCUUGGUGAUGCACUGGGGUGAAAUAUCAAGGUGCACAUAGGCAAUAAUAAUAAACUAUAAAAAAAAUUAAGGAUGAGCUGCAAUAUAUUAUUGAACACCAUGGCUACAUCAAGGACUGCUAUCGGACAUCAUUGAGGCCUGCUUAUAACUAUACUUUCAAACUAUCUCUUUGUGAGCACCACUGAGGCUUGAUAGUCUGCUGUUGCAAUGUGGUGGGCCCCUUCCCAUAGUCCCACUGCAGGGCUGAGCCUAGAUAUUAGUCCAUAAAAUGGGAAAAAACUGCCCUCUGGGAUCCCCCAUGUCUCUAAUGCAGCUUGUGCCCUCCAGCUUGUGUGGCCCUGCACACAUUAUGUAAUAUAGUUAGAUAAAUGACCCCUUUAAAUAAAAAGCAAUAUGACUUAUUCAUUUGUGCAUAUCAGUCAAAAGGCAAUAGCUCCCCCUAUCCUGUAUAAUUUUUACUGCAAUUACCCACACAAUUGAAAAGACCUAAAGCCCACUGAUACAGGGGCAUUGGGUAGAACUUGGAGCAGGAGCAAGGGCAAUAUUAGGGGUCUAGUGGGCCAAAAUGCACCCAGUAGAUGUAUCCAACAGGCUAAAGGUCUUCCAUUGGACAGCAGCACUAGUGGUGGGGUACACUACACACCCUCAAUUCUUUCAAGCAACACGGCUGUUACAACUCAUAAACAGCAACUAAAAUAUGAAGGGAAAGCAUGUUCUGAUAAAUUAAUGAAAAACCCAACUUAUAGGAAUAUUGUCCCUUUGAGCUGUGGGGCAUUCUACUGAUGGCAAAGCAAACUAUUGUAUUAUAAAGCUUCAGUCGUUUUUAGCAAUGUAUCCAUUUUGUAAAUGCUAUGUAUUUAGCCGUACACUUUAUCUAACAAUUUGUAUCCUGUACUGAAAUGGCCUUUGUCAUUGCGACACAUGAGAGCUCACAAGUCGCUCUGCACCUAUGCACUAAAAUCUCACAGCGGCGGCUUGCUUUGUACAGACGAGAGAGUCUGCAGCUCCCGGCUCAUUACUGCACCGUAGCUAAAUGUUUUAACUACUGAGGAAUUUUUAAUAAAACUGAGAAAUUGUGAAUGUUCAACCUCAA